ACGGUUAGCAUGCGCCCUUUCACGAAUGGAGAUGUCAAAAACGCCGCUGACUGCUCUGAUUGGUCAAUUCCAGAGCCCACCACGAUCCUUCGCAGUGCAUCUUGUCUCUUCCCCGCCUCGGAAAACGAUUUUUCUGGGAUAUUCUUUGGAGAAUUACCAUGCGCAAUCCAGGUGACGUCGUCAACGGAAUACCGAUCCACCUAUUGA